GCGCGGGCCCAGCGGGGAGGUGCAGGCAGAGCGGCACUUUUGCAGGGCCCACGGGGAGGCGCGGGCCCCGAGCAAGGCUUCUCUCCCUCCCUUUUCCUCAGGGUCCGAGGUCACCGAAUGGGGGGAGGUCUCGGAUGGCAGCCGGGACAGGGGUGGGGGUGGCGGGUGCGGUGUGAGUCCAGGAGGCGGCAGAUGGGCUCUGGUGUGCCGGGGAGGGGGGGGCUGCGGCAGCAGGGGGCGCUCCCCCGUAGAAGGCCCAGAGGCGCCAUUACUGGGGGCGUAUUUGCGCAGGCGUGGGCGUGUCUACGCUCACCCUCGGAGACGACAAACGGGCCCAAGCCCCCAGCCCGAGUCCCGUUGGUAACAAUCGCCGGCGGGACAGGCAGAGGGCGCUGCUGGGAGCGAAGGCGGGCAGAGCGCGAGGCCCGGGGCAGCUUCGGGCGGAGCUCACGGGGAGCCCCUGGGGACUCUUGCGUAAGGGAUGACGCCAGAUGGGACUUCCGAGGAAGGAGGAUGGGCCUGGAGGCUGGCGGAGGAAGGCCUGGAAGUGGGCCGGAGCGGAAGACGGGAGCCCAAGGAAGAGCGGGCUGCAAUGGUGCAAGGGAGGGGGGACGCAAAAAGGAGAAGCGGGCGGGCCCUUAUUAGGCCCCUUCUGCUGCUGGGUAGGACGGAGCCCUUACGGAGCAUCUCCUGAGAGCCAGGCGCCGUCCCAGGCCCUGCCCAAAUGUUCGCAAUGACCCCGGGAGGCAGAGCUGUUGUUUUCGGCUAAGGGAGGACACUCACACAGGAGGCGCUGCAGAAAUGCCGGUUGCUUCCUUCACCCUGAUUCCAAAGCCAACUGUUUCUUCACCCCCUCCUGCCAUUUCUCACAGGCCGGGGCCUUUAACAAAGCCGCAAUGUCCCAAGCAGCCCCGGAGACUUUGGACAGAAAGCCCGCCUGCGGCCAGAAAGAACUAAGGGGACUGAGCGGAAGCCACUUUGUGGAUUUUUAUUUUUAACCUCUCCCGUGGCCUUUACCUUUUGCUCUGAUUUUUCUUUCCCAACAUGAUUCAUGAAGUAUAUUGAAAAUAAGUCGAUUUCCUAGGAAAGGGGGAAGCCGAAAUCCUCCCCACACACGAGGCACUUGAGACGGAAAAUGAGUUCCCUGUAGGAGCUGUUGACGCGAAGCCAGAGGCCUGGCCUCCGCAGCCUGGCAGGCCCCGGCCCUGGUUUUCAUCUCCUCAUACCGAAAGGAGAAACCUGAAGUUUUGGGGGGCAAGCCCCCACUGGGGCUGAGAGAACUACUGAAUGUUGGCCGGAGGGGGGCAGCCCUGCCCCAGAAUCCUUAGGGAGGGAGAGGGAAGAGGAAAAGCCCCGGGAGAGGAGCCAGAGGGGCCGUCCGCCCCGCCCCUUCCUCCCUCCCCUGCCGAAGGCCAGGGCCUUGGCCCGUCCCCCACCCCAUGGCGCUCUGCAGCGUCCCGAGGCUGGCAAACGUGGCAUCACUUCACACAUACUACUUUUGUCCCCACUGUAUAGAUGAGAAAUUUGAGGCAGAAAGAGGUUCGGGGGACACGGUCAGAGUCCCACAGACAGAGGGAGUGUCAGCCUGGGUGCUCUGUCCUCCCCAAGGCCCCUGACCCAAACUCCCACUGAAGAGAUGAGGUAGCUCAAGCCGCACCAAGCAGGGUUCCAAGGCCAGUGAGCAGCCAGGGCCUCUACGGUGGAGCGCCCGCCCUGGGAGUCAUGGGAGGGGGCCCGUCUGGCGGCUACUUCGCUGGCCAGAUCCGUGACCAGAAGCCCCAGGACCAACAAAGAGCCGUUCUGGUCUGGAGGUUAGGAGCCAGUGGCCCGGGCAAGUCAGGUGACGGACAUUUUAGAGAGAAAGUCCAGAGGCAUUGGCCGGGCAGGGGUGGCCCCACCCCUGCCGUGGGAAGCUCUCCGCUGUACCCGUCCCCUCCCCACAAGAAGGUUUCAGUCAGUUCCCCUCAGGGUGAUGUCAUGUCUCACAUAUACUCCUAAACAUGUUCCUCGCCAUCCACCCCCCGGCCUCAAUGAGGUUCUCGUGCCACAUGGGAUGCCACGGCUCCAUUAGAGAAUUCAUUCCCCGUCCUUGACCACGGUCGGUUUAAAGCAGCUUCUAGGCCAGACAUCUGACUCAGAAGUUGGGAGCCCGGGGCGUCCCCUCUGAAAGUUCACUGCCCAGAGAUGCUUCUUAUCCUACAUUUCCUGGAGGCUUAUCAUGUUCCAUGGAAACUGAGCUCCUCAGUAUUUCCCACUGUCUGCUCAAGGUUACUGAGGAACAGAAUUGCAACUGUUCGCUGGAAACUUAACCCCGUCUGCCCGAGUCUCCAGAGCCGUCAGGCCUCUAUUCUCCAGACCCGAGCAAUGGGCGGCGGCUUCUCAAGCCCCCCAUGAAGUUCUGUGAACCAAGCCAUACGGCAGGAAUUCAAAUCUGCUCCAUUUGAAAUACUAGCAAGUGGGCCAGAGAGUCGCCGUUCCCCAGCAGCGCUUGGCAGAAAUAAAGGUCAACUAUCAUUCAAAACAAAGGGAAAACCCAGGUGAGGCAGUGAGAGGUUUACUGUGUGACUCUCUCUCCCGUGAGAAACUGUUUUAUUUGAACACUUCCCAACCAAACAGCGCUCACAAGUCUUCUUGCCCCAAGUUUGUCAGGGCCCACUAAGGCCAAGGCCCUUCCAAAGCGCUGCCGCUGUUCAAGGACUUAUUUUCACUGCCAUGUGUCCUUUUCUUGGACCUUCACCUCCAAAGAAGCUCUGUGUCCCUCCUUUCUUUCUGCUUUUUGGAGACUACACUAUCGCUAACCCCCUUCAUCUUCCCAAAAGAAAAAGGAAAAAUUAGUCCUUACCACAAAGACACAGCCAAAGGAGACCCCUUAAAGGCUCUGGGGGUCCACCAGCCUCCCUGACUUACCCAAGCUCAGGACUGGUCUUGAUCCUUGGGGGGCUCUUGCCAGGUCUGCCGCUGCCAGGGCCCUUAUCCUGACUAGCGCUUCCUCAGUCUCCCCAGCUGGAUCUGCAGCCAGAACACACCUGCCCUGCACAUGGCCCCGGGAUCUCUGUCUGGGACCCCAACCCUACUUCUUCCAUUGUUUCUCAUCGACUCCCACAGUUCCAAAUAUCGUCUACUCGCUGAAGAGUCUCACAUAGAGUUUCCAGCCCUAACGUCUCUCGGAGCUUCCAGACUCACAUCUCCACCUAGAUGACUGGGAGACAUUCUGACACGUCCAAAAUGGAACUCGGUGUUUUCCCCCUACCUUCCCUUCCCUCCUUCCCUGGUACUGUUGAGGGCACCAUCAAGCCCACUUCCCUCUGCCAGGCUCCCAAGCUAGGAGUCACCUGGACUCCUCACCCUCAUCCCCCCGACCCAAUAUGGUGCCAAAGCCGUCAGUUCUCCCUUCCCACUUCUCCAAUGCACUCCCUUCUUGAGCUGCAAGACUUCCGGAGGCACCUCAAGCCUGGAGAAGGGCCACAGCUGCUGGGGUAGGGGUCCUGUCUGCCUCCAAUCUGCCCUCUGCUCCCAAAGGGGCUUCCUAAAGCCCAGAUCUGACCCCGCCAUCCCUCCCCCCAUGUAAUAAACACCAAUAAUAAAAGCCGCCUAUUUUCUCCGGGAUCAAACACAAAGUCCUCUGUUUGAUGUUCACAGCCUGUGUCUCUAAUUUAGAUUCUUCACUAAUCCCAGUGACCCUUUCCUUUCAAUUCUAAAACUGUAACAAGCUCGGGGAGAAUGUGCUAAAAUAGAAACCCCCACACCCAGUUCGGGAGCUUUUCUAUCCUCAGUCUUCUGGACAUGAGACUCAUUUGGACGUUUCUGGACUUUUUCGUUUCUCUGUCUAGAGAUACAACCUCUUGUAUCUUUUCAUGUUACCAUCGAUUCCGAGAAAAGAUUUUAUUUGAAAUUUGUAAUAUUUUAGCUAUAUAACAAGAGCACUUUUAGCAUUUGUUUUCACAAGAUCUCGGUUGCAAAUUUUUCUCCCUCCCUCCCCUUCCCUCUCCUGACGAUGAUAAAGAGUUUCAUUUGGAAGGUUAAGAGUUGGAGAGAAAUGUGUCCCCUGAGAGGUUUCUGGGUUACAGGCUCAAGGUUUCAGAAUCUUGCUCUGGAAGGAAAGGUGCGGUGCUGCUUCGGUGAGAAGCCCACUACGAGCUGCCGUGGGGAAGGGCCUCUCAUUUGCGAGUCUCUGAGGAGCCGGCGAACGCCCCAGCCUGCCACAAGCCUAACGAACACUGGCGCGGUUUCUCUGCGGAAUUGCGAAGGGAGGGCAGACCCUUCUUUCUGUGUCUUCGUGUGGACAGAAGUCUGAGGGUUAAGAACAGCCGCUAAUAAGAACCAUAUGAGCAGCCUGUGUACUGAGCUGAAAACCUGACCCGAGUACCACGGGCCACGUUUUACAUACCAAAGUCUUGAGUAAGAGCCUGGCUUCUGAGAUUUACCUUAUAUGUUCAACAGAAACUCCCAAGAACACAGACCACUGAGGGUUUAAGUCAACAGCAGAAAGGCAAUCAGAUGGAUUUUUUUUUUAAAUUCAAAAGAAAGGGCGACUUGGGAAAGAAAAAAAAAAAAGCUGAAGCUCGACUCACUUUACCUUAAUCAUCUGUACAAGCUUGAAAGAAUGUGUAAAAGCAUGAUCUCAGCAGCCCACCCUGCCAAGAGACACAAACCCCGGCGCGGUGGGGAUGAAGCAAAUCCUUGUUAGUCCUGGGAGGGGAGCAGAGAGGGGAAAUUUCUAACCGGACAAAAUAAAACUAGGGCAGCCCUCAAGGGCCAGAGUACCCUGCCUUAAACACCAGCCCGCUCUCCUUCCUGGAUGAGCUACAAACUGACUGGGCACUGCCCAUGGAUGUUACAGGGUCUGAGGGUCCACGGCUCUUCAUCUUUGUGGAGCAGUGGCUGGAGGGGCUGGUGGGGAGGUACUGAGACGGGGUUCCCUUGGGUUUUUUGGGAGGGAGAGGAGGUCCUCACAAGAGGUAGCUGGCUCCCGCAUGAGACGUCACUUCUGGGCCCUCAGUUUAUUCAUUUGAGGAGAGAUUUAGCUGCCACCUAAGGUCCCUCCAAGUCCUAACCUUUAAGCUUCCUUUUUUAGGUAUGACUGAAGCUGUGUGGGAAGCCCAUUCCUGGUACAGGGCAGAGAGGGGAAAGGAAGGCCUACAUGUUUAUUAGAUCAAGUUACAGAUGGGUCUAGCUCUGCUGCUAUAAAAAUCUAGCUUCCCCUUAAUUUUAACUAGAACAAGGAGUUCUACUUUCUGGUGGCCAUUAACUUGGAGAACUCAUGUGGAAUGGGAAUAAAAAUAUAAGCAGUAAUCAGUACAGCGUCUCAUUUAGUUUUCUGGUGACCAUUGGGAUUACAGGAAACGCUUGCCACACCUCAAACCCCAACUGAGGGGGGAAAGGAAGAAGGAGACCGCAUAAAUUGACCAGGGCUUGGAAGAUUUUUAUUUGCAUUCGUAAUGUUUUUCUGGAAAAGAAACGUAUCAUUUAAUCCAACCCAAAUGUUACUAAAGCAAAUUAUAUUUUUGCUUAAAUUGCGACAGUAUUUCAAAGGACACCCCUGACUGGGGACAGAGUUACUGUGGAUUUUUAGGAGACACGGUUACAGAUUUCAGGAAUUUCUGAUUCAUUCAAAGGAUUUGCAAAUUCAUCACCCACUGAAAACUAAAGCAAAAUCAGGGCAUAAGAACAUGAGUCUUUUCGGUCGACUCUGGAUUGUUUUCUGCUUUUUCGAAGUUACUGUGUACUGUCAGUACGCCAUGUACCAGAUGGACGAAGACUACGACGAAGAGGCCGACGACGAAUAUUCACCCGCGUUUUAUUUUCACUCCGACCAAGAUUACGGCAUUUCCUCUCACCAAAAUCCCCUCGGCUGUGCCGCAGAAUGCUUCUGCCCCCUGACCUUUCCAUCCGCCAUGUAUUGUGACAACCGCAAGCUCAAAACGAUCCCAAAGAUCCCAAUGCACAUCGAACAGCUCUAUCUCCAGUUCAAUGAAAUAGAAGCCGUGACGGCCCAUCCAUUUGCCAACGCUUCCAAACUGAAGGAAAUCAACCUCGGCCACAACAAGAUCAAGUCUCACAAGAUCGAACGCGGCGUGUUUGUCGGGCUUUCCAAUCUCUUACAACUGCAUCUGGAGCAUAACGACAUAGAAGAUUUCCCGUCUCCUCUUCCUAGUUCUUUGGAAAAACUUCUUCUUGGUUACAACGAGAUCUCUAGAGUGGAAGCGAAUGCCAUGGAAGGCUUGAUGAACCUAACCACGCUGGACCUCUGCCACAAUCGGCUUCAAGACUCUUCCUUAAGAGAAAACUUUUCCCAAAUGAGCAAACUGGUGCAACUCAAUUUAGGUAGCAACAGAUUAGAGUCGAUGCCCCCGGACUUACCUUCCUCGCUCAUGCAUCUCUCUCUAGAAAAUAAUUCCAUCUCUCUCAUCCCGGACAAUUACUUCCAAAGGUUCCCCAAGCUUCUCGCUUUAAGAGUGUCGUCCAACAGCCUGCGGGAGAUUCCCUAUGACGUUUUUAACAUUUCCAGCCUCAUAGAGCUCAACGUGGGACACAACAAACUGAAGCAAGCGUUCUACAUCCCGAGAAGCCUGCAACAUCUGUACAUGGAAGACAAUGACAUCGAAUACAUAAAUGUCACCCUGAUGUGUCCCCGAAUUGACCCGAUGCAUUACCACCACUUAACCUACAUUCGUCUGGACCAAAACAGGCUAAAAGAACCAAUUAGUUCCUACGUGUUCUUCUGCUUCCCUUAUAUCCACAGUAUUUAUUAUGGUGAACAAAGAAAGCCCGACGGGCAAAUGAUGCUGCUGAAGACCCAAGUGUUCCGCAGGUUUCAGGAAGAAGAAGAAGAAGAAGAAGGAGAUGGAGAAGGGAAUGAGCCUGAGGGGCAGGAGCGGGGAAGAACGGAGGAGAACUUUGAUCCUUACUUCUACUAAAUUCAGUAACUACAAGAACCCGGAGCUUUACGUUGCUCCUUUCCUCAGGCUUAACAGCCAUUCCAGAUGUCGAUGAUACUAACAAAUAAACCGAAACCAGCUUUGCAU